AUCGCGCCUGCUAUUAAACUCUCGUUGUCUUAUUUAACUUUCUUAUUCAAACCUGAGUUCAGCUUUGAACAAUCAACAGUUUGAUUUGCAAUCAACUGAUUAACCAAUGUGAUCUUACAAAAUUCAGUUUCUCAUUGAUUAGUAUUAACUUUACGGUGUUCAAUUGAUUGUCAACUAUUAUUGUUGAUUGUUAAUUUUCUGGUGUCAUCAAGUUUGAUUGCUCUCUCAUUCCUGAUUGAUUAGUAGUAUUAUAAUCACUUUAAAUUUGAUUGUUUCUCUGUUGAAUUGAAUUUCUCAAGUUUACAAUUUAGUUAAUCAUGUGGACUUUAAUUUGUGGCUAUUUAUUUUCAAUGAUUUGUAUCAUAUCAAGUUUUUCAAUUAAAUCUACAACAGAUAAUUAUGAUAGUCAACUUAAUCAUAAUCAAUUAAUGUUCAAUCCAGUUAGAUUGUUGAUCCCUUCGGACGUUGAUUAUAAUUUACUGGAUCCCUUUGCAAUUGAUCAAAAUUUGAAUGCCCAAUCAACUAUCCAACAGAAGGACGAUAAUAAUAAUUACUAUUUAAAAGGUGCAAUGUUGAGGGAUGCUAAUGGCGAGGUGAAGGGUCAAGAGGUGGUGGAUGGUCAGUCUCGAAAUUAUCAGCUGAUCAAUCAUGUUAAUUAUGGUGGAAUCACUAAGGAAGAUGAUGCAAGUUUAUUAGGUGAUUCUGAGAUUGGGAUUGGAAACGAUCAGGGAACAAUUAACACCGAAUCGUCAAUAGAUCACAAUCAAGACGUUCACUUAUCAAUCGGCAAAAAAAGGUCAUCUGUGAUGUUGAAUAGUCUUGGAUUCGCUUGGCCUAAGGCAAAUAAAAUGGACUCACCUCGACAUUCAUUAAGGUCAAGCGAUGUUUCCAAAGGAUUUGCCGAUAAAAGUUCAGGGUCAAAGGACAAUCUAUUGGUGAAAUGUUUUUUUAAUGGAGUUUCUUGCUUCUAAUUUAUCACCAUCUUCUAGUUUUCUUCAUCAUUUGCAACAACAACAACAAAACAAACAAUUAAAUCAAAUUCCAUCACAAUUAACUCGAUUUUGAAUCAAAAUCUUCUUCUUUCAAACUUUUAAUUUCUUUUCGUUUCAUUUGUGAUUUACUAUUUUCUUGAAGCUCUAUUGUUAUUUAUCAUCUUGCAAACAAUUUAACCUAUUAAACAAUUAAAAAUUAAAUUGUCAUCUCCAUUAAUAAUCAGUGUAUCAACAAUUAAAUCAAUGAAAUUGUAAUAAUAAUAAAAAAACGUUUUCUUUU